AUGAUGAGAACGACGAUGAUAAUGGUAACGAUGAUGUCAAACAACGACGAUGAUGUUGAUGCGGCCAUGUCAUUCGUGAAUAGGUGAAAACGUCCAUUGAAACUUAAGUAAUUUAGACGACACCAAAAUCCAGCUAUUUCAGCUAAAUCCAUAGAGUUGUAAUUGACACAACGGCAAAGACAAACGCGACUUGGGUUCUCCCGAUACUUCAGAUAAUCUAGGUGUGUGCUUCUCGGAGGAUUUUAAGGCCAGCAGGGAUAAUAUUUGAAAUAAUAAAAUGCGGCUGAACUAAUUGGAAUCACGAAAUUAAAGAAAAGAAGAAGGUCAAAAGAGGAAAUAAGUGUAGGAAAAUGGAGCAAAAAUGAAUUUACAGUGAAAAAUGAAUAAAAGAAAAAAAUACAUAGAUAUAUAGUGAUAAAUAAUAAAUACUAAACUAUCCUAUAAUUAUAAUGAAACUGAAUAUAAAUUCAAAUGAAUAAUUAAUAAUAGGGAUAUUAAUAAUGAUCACGAUAAUGAUAAUAAUAAUAGAAAAGGAUUUAACAAGCAGCUGCAACGUAAAAACUAGACUGAUUUUUGAAAACGUAACUAAAGCAGUCACGUUUCAAAAAUCCAGCUAGAAGUAUUAAAGCUUUCCCUUUCCUAUUACAAUCAUUAUAUGCGAUCAUUAUUAUUAUUUGAAAUUUAUUUUAUUAACUCUAUUUAUUAAGUAUUAUUUUAAAAAGUAAGUUUAUUUUUGUUACAUUCUUUGAAUUUAUUUACUCUUUUGACCUUUUUUUCUCUUUGUUCUUUUGGCUCUUUUGCACGCAAGUCAUUAUUUUCAAGAUUUAUCCUUAUUGGCCUGUAUUAUUUUUAAGUUUUUAACAAUUGUACCGAAUUUUCAACUGAGCCGCUUUUAUACUACAUCAGCACGACCUGACCAUCGGAAAUAUCCGGAAAUGCAGUAUAGCCUUUUGUCUUUGCUAUUUUGUUAUCAUAGCUUAUUAAAUGCAAGGACCCGACGAAGGAUUGGUUGGGAUGGUUUUGGGGGGCGGGGGGGUCUAGUAACCUUUGAUAAUAAGAUCAGUUAAACGUGUGGUCUUCACUUUGUCUUGAGGGAUUUAGAGGCAGUGAACGUCGACAAGCUAAGCAACCUAAUGUGGCAUCGCGAUCUGAAGAGGGCUUGACGACUGAGGCCCGUCAGUAACCUUGACGAUGAUGAUGACGAGGACAACGAUGAUGAUGAUGACGGUGACUUACGCUGACAAUGAUGAAUAUUUUGAUGAUGCUGAUACACUGAGAAAGACUGACGCACACGAUGCUGAAGAUGAAGAUGAUGACAAAGAUUGCUGAAGAUGCUGACGAUGAUCUUGAUGACGCUAAUAAUGACGAUGACGCUGACGAUGACGAUGAUGAUGGUGAUAACGAUGAUGACGAUGACGAUGAUGAUGAUGAUGAUGAUUACAGCGACGGAUGCUGA